UGCAGUUGAAAGGGGUACCAUAAAUUGCUCUAAGUCACCGGUUCAACACCUUCUCAUCUUCUUUCUACACAUUUAAUCUUCUAAUUUUGCAUAUUGUAUUUAAGACGUGACUAUCGCCACGAUCACAACUAGAUUCCUCAUUUCUUGUUCUUCUUAACUUAGCUUGAAAGUUAUCUCAGUUCACUACAAAACCCAUUGAAUUGAGUUCAAAACAGAACGCAUCAUCAUCGUCAUCAUUCAUCAUGGGUGGUGGUUCCACUGAUUCUAACCAUACUGAUACACUACAUGAAGAUUCUUGUUUCAAUGAAGAUUUUCACUUUCCUUCUUCUCCACCCACUCCCAGGGAUAGUCGAGGUUUGCAGGAUAAAGACAAUAGUGUGAAUGAGAAGAAUGAAUUAGAUUUCGGAGAAGUUAGUGAAGAAAGUGUGGCGACUUCUUCUGCUGCUGAUUCUGUUAUCGGUGAAAGGAAGCGACUUGGUAUUUACCAAGAAAUCCUGCAAAGUUAUGAUGCAUUGAAGAUUGAUAGCAAGAAUUUGAAAGAAGCCAAAGAAAAAAUCUUGAGCUAUAGACCUGGAACAUGGACUGAAAAGGCUAAAGGCUUAAAGCUAUGUGAUUAUGAUGUACCAGAGACAACAUGCCUCCUAUUGGUUGGUCCAAGUGGAUCUGGGAAGAGUAGUCUCAUAAAUAGAAUCUCUAAGGUGUUUGAUGAAGACAAAUUCGCACCUGCAAGAGCACAAGUAUCAUAUAAUUCAAUUAGAGGGAAUGGAACAUGCUUCCUCCGUGAGUAUAUGAUUCCGAGAGACUCAAAUUCUAUAUGUUUGUAUGAUACACGUAGUUUGUCGGAUGAUUCUCAUGAGAAUAAUAAAAUGCUCAAGAAUUGGAUGACAAAAGGUGUUCGUCAUGGAGAGCUUGUUGCCAGGGGUAUGGAUGAUAAAAGACUGAGUAAAAAUUUGAAGCUUAAAGGUGACAAGAAAGGUUUCUUUUCCAGUAAAAGCAGAAAAGUUAAUUAUGUUAUAUGUGUCCUUAAUGGUCUUUCGGUUUUGAAUGUGAUUGAGAAUGCCGGUGGUGCUUUGGAGGAAUGGUAUAUUCAACAAAUUGUUUCUACUUUCAAUUGCCCAUUCCUGUCAUUUAAAGAUGACAAACCUGUACUUGUUUUAACUCACGGCGAUCUCCUAUCACUCUCUGACCGUGCUCGUGUCCGUGCCUAUUUGGGGGAGUUAUUGGGAAUUCCACCAACAAAGCAAAUUUUUGACAUCCCAGACUGUGAUGACCUAGUGACUGAAUCUGCUAUAGUUGGAAUGUUAAGAUAUACUCUUGAGCAUGCUGAUGGAAAUUUUCCUCAGAAAAGCAAUGUUAUGAAUAAGAUUCAUAAAAUAUCUCUAUCACUAUUCAUGAUUUUGUUGAUACUAGCAAUAGGAUUUGCCAUUGGCUUGAAACAAAACAACUCCGUCACUUAUGUCACUCAACAGCAAGCACCUCAACCGCACGCUGGUAGUAGAGAAGUUCACGACACACGUCCAAAUGUGGAAGGUCCUAUAAAUGAACCCAAUAUAGAGUGUCCAAAUCUGGAAGUUCCUAAAAAAGAACCCAAGAUAAAGCGUCCAAAACUGAAAGUUCCUAAAAAGGAAGCCAAGAUAGAGUGGCAUAAAAUUCGCCACAUAUGGUAGCUCUGAAUAUUGCUGAUAUAGCUAGUAUAUGUUCCUUGAUAUGGUAAUACUGUACAUGGUUGAACAGUCUUUUUAGAAAAAUGCUAGUAGUGCAUUACUUCUUAAUUAACAUUUUAUUGUUAGCCAAGUUCUACAGGAAUUUUACUCAAUGUCACUCUUUUUAGUGAAA